AUGCACUCGAGUGCUCUGCUUGGUCUCUUUUUGACCAAGGAGAUCAUGUCAUGGUGGGACGGCCUUAUUUCAACGCCUUUCGGUCAACUUUCAGUGAUCGAGCAGGAAGUCGAGUUCGGCAAGGUUGACCCAUUUGGUCUCGCUGCAAUCGAGAAAUAUGAAGAAGCACUGUCGACAGCUCGACAGAAAGGUGUCAGAGUGAAAGCACUUCUGUUCUGCUCGCCCCACAAUCCUCUUGGCGACGAGAUAUAUGCUCUCUCUGUUUGGGAGAGUCCCGAUCUCCCAGACCCGGUGUCAUUCAAAUCAAUUCUAUCGAUUAAUGCAGCUCAAAUUAUGGACCCGAGUAGGGUUCAUGUUGUCUGGGGCAUGAGCAAGGACUUUGGGGCGACAGGGUUGCGUAUUGGAUGUCUGAUCAGUCAGUCGAAUGGGCGACUUUUGGAAGCAACCGAAGGAUUCUCUCUACUGAACUUCCCUUCGAGCUUGGCCGACAGGCUUGCCGCAUCCUUGUUGAUAAACGACACAUUUACGUCGCACUACUUAACAACAAACCGGCAUCGUCUCGCUGAAAGCUAUGACAUUGUCACAAAGUUUUUGAAAUAUCAUCAAAUCCCAUAUCGUCAAUCCAAUGCUGCCUUCUUCCUUUGGAUUCGACUCGGAGCAGCUACAGCCGAUAGAAAAGCCACUGAUGAUGAGAUCUUGGCCAAACUUCGGGACCAAAAAGUCUACAUAGCUGCAGGGUAUGCAUAUGCAAGCGAAGAAAGUGGCUGGUUCCGCAUGGUCUUUGCGCAUCCGCGGGAUAUUCUUGAAGAAGGUCUCAAGCGCAUGCUCCAAGCCUUGGCUUCAUAG